AAUUACAAGUACUACAAUAACAAUUACCCUUUUUUUUCUUCUGGGAAACACCAAACAUCAUAUAAUAGAGAAAAUUCGUGAUCAGUUUUAGUAUUACCCAACCACCACCACCACCGCAGCAGCAGCUCAGCAGCUCCACCGUCCUCCGCCGUGCCAGUAGGUGCUCACUACAGUAGAGAAAAUAGAAGAUUGAAGAAUUUGCAGCUGUUAGGCACUUGAGCUAUAAGAAAUCAGCUGUUGAAGACAUUUUUUAGCUCAAGAUGUAGAUUUUCUUAUUUUUGUUGCAGUCGAGGGUGCUGAUGCUUUUGGCUGUGAAUUGAGACAGUGAAGAUAGAUUUGUCUUGUGGGUACAAGGAUCUAAUCCAGACGAGGAAAGCGAAUUAUUAAUUAUAGUUUAGAUACGUUUUGGUGGUUGUGUACUUAUUUACAUAAUCUUUCGGGAUUACCACGAGUGGGCUCAGUGAACUUCAUAAAUUUACGGAAGUAGGUGAUCCGGUGUGUGCAGUGGGUGGGAAAUCAAUCCAAUUGCUUGAAAGAGGCUUUUUGAGUUGUUCUGCUCAAGAUGAUUGAUCAAUUUAUCAAUUUUGUGAUUAGGCCACCCAGGGCUGAUUACAACCCGGAUCAGUACUUGUGGGAGAAGGAAUUUACUCUUGCAGGGAGGAAGUAUAAAAGAGAAGACGUGGAGGCAAUUUUGAGAAUUUGUCUCUUUAAAAAUUUUCAGCUUAGAAAUGAAAGAGGUCAUGCCUUGAAGUGUAGCCAUUACAUUCCUUUGCAGCUCCUGGACGACUCCCCUCUUCCUUGUGUUAUAUAUUGUCAUGGAAACAGUGGAUGUCGAGCGGAUGCAAAUGAGGCCGCAGUAGUUCUUCUGCCUUCAAAUAUCACUGUAUUCACUCUUGAUUUCUCUGGUUCUGGCUUGUCCGAAGGAGAUUAUGUUAGUCUUGGUUGGCAUGAGAAAAAUGACCUCAAGGUUGUGCUAUCAUAUUUGAGAAGCAACGAGAAAGUUUCUCGUAUUGGUCUAUGGGGAAGGUCAAUGGGUGCAGUGACAAGUCUUCUUUAUGGAGCAGAAGACCCUUCUAUAGCUGGAAUGGUAUUGGACAGUGCCUUUUCUAAUUUGUUUAAUCUCAUGCUGGAACUUGCUGAUGUGUACAAAAUCCGGCUUCCUAAAUUUACCGUCAAAAUGGCUCUUCAGUACAUGCGGCGAGUAAUCCAGAAAAAGGCCAAAUUUGAUAUCACGCGGCUUGAUUGCGUAGAGGUUGCUCCAAAGACAUUCAUUCCAGCUUUAUUUGGACACGCAAAAGACGACAAAUUCAUUCAGUCUAGGCACUCAGAUGCUAUCUUCAAGUCAUAUGCGGGUGAUAAAAAUAUUAUCAAGUUUGAAGGUGAUCAUAACUCAUCAAGGCCUCAGUUUUAUUACGAUUCCGUAUCGAUUUUCUUCUACAAUGUUCUCCGUCCUCCUCGACCUCCAUCUGCAUAUUCAUCAAAGAUAGAUAAAUAUUAUGAUCUGGGGGGCAUGAAGGUCGGUUCUAGUGUGGAAGAGAAUAUUUUGUAUGAGAUUAUAGCUGGGCUCCGGAAUGUUAGUGCUGACGCACCAAGUUCUUCUUCGGCACCACAAACUGUUUCAUCUAUGAAGUCUGUGGGGGAACUGCUUUCCGACAUUGCACCUAUUUGUAAUGAAGCCUUGGAUAUUGAAGAUGCUGAGCUUCAUGAAAACGGGGCAUCUCUAAUACAGGACAAAUCGAGUGGGCAAAAUGAAGAGUAUUGCUCCUACACGAGCUCGAACAGAGAAAGUUGGGGAAGGUGCUCGUCUCUGGGCAGCGAUGAUGUACCUUCCAUGGAGUGUACAAGCAGCAGCAACUGUGAUCAGACAACUAUAAACGUGCUGGCAACGCCGCUUAGGAAUUCUCAACAGGACACCUUAAAUGUUCAGAAAGAAGGUAGCAGCAAGCAGAAGAAAAAGAAAGGUUUGGAAACAAAGAAAAAGUCGAGACGUGAGAAGUUUGAGAAGCUGGAAGCUCUAAGCCAGCGUAUCCGUCUUUGCAUCCUCAAGCGAGUUAAUCAUAGAAGACACUGCUCAUCAUAACUCACUCUCUCCCCCUUUGUUGUAGAUUAGGAUCGAUCAUUUGUUUUUAUUAUUCGUUUGUCUAGUUGGCCAUCUUCCCAUUUUUUUGUUGUGAUUAUUUCCCUUAAUUUCUGUUGCAUUGUGUAAGAAAAGCCAAGUAUGAUAAUGUUACUGCACCAUGCCAUGUGUAUGGUUUCUGAACAUAAUAUCGCGUAGCCGUCUAGUAGUGUUCUUGUUUCUCGGAUCACAUGAAGAAAAAG